AUGAAAAAUGACGAUAGUGAAAAUGAUGAUUCCUCAAAUUUCUCUUUCCAUUUGGAAAAGAAGGGGCAGAGUUCGUAUUUAAAGAAUAUAAAUAAAUUAACCAGCUCGACGCUCGACCGUAAUGUAAUGGGAAAGGGAAUGAAUCAGGAAAAAUUUUACGAUUGCACCAGUGUUCCGAGAGUUUCGCAUAAAGAAGACUUCUGUCAUGUUAAACUGGACACAAUUCACAAAUUAAAAGACAGUACGAAGAAAUUACUUUAUAUAUUGGAACAAAUAAAUGCGAAAACUCGUAAAAAACUUCGGAUUUGUGAAGAUACCAACAUUGAUGGCGUUCAACCUAAGUCUUUGUUAGGAAUUUCAGCUUCUCAAUUAAAUGUAUCAGAUAUAGUUCCCAAUGAAGCCUUGGUCCGACUUGAACUACAGACUAGGAUUAUGAAAAAUAUCAAUAUAGACUAUGAAGACGAUGACUGCUCCGUAUACAAGAGGCUAACGAGAAAAUGUAAUUGUAUGAAUAAUAAAAACUACAAUGACCUGGUGAUUCAUUUCAAUGAGAACUCAAAAUAUACGACAAAUAGUUUUGGCGAGAUUGUGAAAAAUAUGCGAAUUUUGAAGAAGUUUUUGUACAUGGGUGGUGAAUAUACGAAGAAUGCUCUUAUGUUUCUUAAUGAGGGUCUAUUAGACUCAAAGGUCCCAGAGAAGAUUGAAAUAAUCAACGGAUGUGCUAAUGCAGACAUUUGCGGCAUUUUCGACGAACAUUCCAUUGUUAUUGUUUGCAUAUCUUGGCCUUGUAAAAAUGAGUACUUCGGUGAUUCAAACAGUCAGGCAUUAACAGCGACGUUAUUACAUAAACUAUCCGAGUUCGAAGAUGGCAGACGGUACUUGAACUUUAGUUCAAAGAUAACAAACGAUAUAAAAAAGGUUUUACGAAAAAGAUCGUCUCAGUUAGACGUUGAAAUUAUCGAGACACUCCACGAAGUACUGAAUUUAUUAAGGCCGAUUUUUGUGAAGAAUCCAAAUGUUUCUUACAUCUGCAAACCGGCCAAUGAAGGUAUUGGCAGUAGAACGAUAAAAGAUUUGGUUGAAUCCCGUGACCACAUGACGCUAAAUGAGAUUUUUAUGCAUUUAGACUUACUAAGAAAUUUCAGUAAAAUAGAUUUUGGUAAAGAUGAGUUGGUAUUGAAUUUGCCAGCAUUGAUCCUGCUCUUUAAAGAUUUAUUAAUGGAAUAUGAUAAUAGCGAAAUGAAUAUAUUGAUUAUGAAUAUGUUAACAAACCUUAUGGCUAAACAUAUCAAAAACGCUGAGGAUGAAAAUGAUAAGAAAUCUAACUUGGACGCCAUCAGUGAUGUCAAAACUAAGCCAAUUGAAACGAAAAACGAAGCUAUUCAAAUGCCUCCGAAAAGGAACUCCAAAAAAAACGGAAAAAGUAUAAAAGGACUGGGCGUGUCCCCUGUGAAACUAUUGAAUCAGUCUAGACGGAAAAUUACAGAUUGGGAACCUGCAAAUAACUUUAAUCGAUCAAGAAAAUUCAGUAAAGUUACAGAUUGGGAACCUUCUAACUUCAAUCGAUCAAGAAAAUUCAGUAAAGAUAUGAGAUCUGGAAUCAUAGUGGUGCCAAUAGAAAAAUAA